AUGGCAGAAGAAAAUAGAAACGGAGAUAUUUCUCCGGUGGAAGAAGAUACUUUGGAGGAUUCCUCUCGUGAAGGGCAGAAGCCACCUUCAUCUUCGUCUGUAGUUACGAAGAAAAAGAGGAAGUCGAGGUCCAAGUAUUCAGAGUUAGAAGAUAAGUGGAACACAAAGUUCGGAAACUUAAAUAGUAAGUUAGAUAGCAUGUUUGACUUGUUAAAGGGUGAACUAACAGCUAGACAUGUACAGACAAGUACCGCAAAUGGUGACAAUAUAAAUACGUCUGAUAAUUCACUGUCACAAAGACAGUCCAGUUCAACUUCAAGUCUGUCACAAAGACAGACGAGUAAAAGUCAGUCACAAAGACCGACACUUAGGUCUAGAGAUUCAGAUAAUGAAUCAGCUGAUGAUCGUGAUGAUGUAAUGUCUUUGCAACCAGGUCAAAACGAAGUUUUGGGUUCAGGGACAGAGUCUGACAAUGAAGGCUCUAAUGAUGAACAGUUGUCAAGUAAGGCAAAGAAAUGUUUAUUUGAUAUUUUUGGUGAGGAUGCCAUUGCCAAGAAAACAGAGAAAAAAAAUUGGCUUUACAAUGGAUGA